AUGGAAUUUGCCCGUCGACUGUCCCACACGAGUGAGAUGCUCCAGAGCUCGACGCUGAAAGACGCGCCGCCGUCGCCGCCGCAGAGCCGCGAGGCACAGCCCGCCGACGCGGCCACAAGUCCGCCCGUCAGUCCCGUGCUGGGCCCGCGACCGACGCGCUCGUCGUCGGCGCACUAUGAGGAGGAGCCGCACCGUCGACGCCGCAGCCACUCGGAGUGUCUGAUGUUGGCCAAGACGCGCGGCGGACAGGACCUGCCGGGCCCGUGCCAGGAGUACAUUAGCAGUGUGAAGCAGAUCCUCGCGCGGAACGACGACCAGCUGCUGCACUUGCGACGACGCCGCAGCAUGAACCUGAGCCACCCGACGCUGUUCAAGUGA